UCUGUUGGGAACCUUUGCCCUAUUUUCCCCUACCACGAAUUCCGGGCGAGGGAUCGGGCGAGAGAGCCGGCGGAGCGCAGCGCGCCUGCUUCUCAGCUGGAUUUUCGCUGCUCAUUUCACGCGGCGCCUCCAUUUCCUUGGUCCAGGUUCGGAUUGGCGAGGAUCGAGCGUCAGAUUGCUGGAUCGCCUCGCAGAUCGGUGAAUGCAUUGCCUCGCGGCUGGGAAUUCCGCCCCCGGCCUCGAUUGAGCUGGUGCUGCCGAAGGGAGAGAGUAUUGCCCGCAGAUCUGCGGGCGCGAUUAUGAUGGAAGAUGGCCAAGAUGCGGAGAAUGGCAUGGGUUCCUACCAGGAGAAGCCCAGGACGUUUCCAGCGCUCCGAACCAAGUCAACAGCACCCUUUUUCUUGAGGUUCAUAUACAACAUGGAUAAGCGAGUAUACUAUCUCCUCACGGCAUUUAGUUUGGUGGCGAUGUUCUAUGUCGGAGUUCGGACCUCCUCGAUCAUCGUCUUCGUCUUCGCGGUGUGCACGCUAAGCAUUUUCUUUGCGACUUACCUCUCGUCAUGGGUGCUUGCAAAGGACGAAGGACCGCCUGAGAUGGUCCAGAUAUCAGACGCAAUUCGGGACGGUGCAGAAGGCUUCUUUCGCACCCAGUAUGGUGCAAUUACCAACAUGGCCGUGGUUCUCGCCUUUGGGAUCCUUGGUAUUUAUUUGUUCAGGAGAUCCACGCCACAGCAAGAGGCAGCUGGGAUUGACAAAGCAACAUCAGCAUUUAUUACCGUGUUGUCGUUUUUGCUUGGAGCUCUAUGUUCUGGCAUCGCUGGCUACGUUGGAAUGUGGGUUUCAGUUAGAGCUAAUGUGCGAGUAUCAAGCGCUGCUAGAAGAUCUGCCAGAGAGGCGUUGCUGAUAGCUGUGAGAGCGGGAGGAUUUUCAGCGCUCAUCGUUGUUGGUAUGACGGUUUUGGGCGUAGCUGUCCUCUAUGCUGUGUUUUACGUCUACUUGAAUGUGGACUCUCCGACUGGCAUGAAAGCUACAGAAUUGCCACUUUUGCUCGUCGGGUACGGAUUUGGAGCAUCUUUUGUGGCACUUUUUGCUCAACUUGGUGGUGGUAUAUACACGAAGGCAGCUGACGUUGGUGCUGAUCUUGUCGGUAAAGUUGAGCAAGGCAUUCCGGAGGAUGACCCCAGAAAUCCUGCAGUAAUUGCGGACCUGGUUGGAGAUAAUGUUGGUGAUUGUGCUGCUCGUGGUGCUGAUUUAUUCGAAAGUAUUGCUGCGGAGAUAAUUAGCGCCAUGAUUCUGGGAGGCACUAUGGUCAAAAGAUGCAAGCUAGAAGAUGCAUCUGGGUUUAUACUUUUUCCGCUUGUGGUUCACUCCUUUGACCUCGUUGUCUCGGCGAUUGGCAUCCUGUCGAUAAAAAAUGCACGGGAAGUGGGAACCAAAUACAUGGAGGACCCCAUGGCGGUUUUGCAAAGAGGAUAUAGCGUUGCUGUUGUUUUAGCUGUGAUUACCUUUGGAGCGUCUACAAGGUGGCUUUUAUAUACUGAGCAAGCGCCUACGGCAUGGUUCCACUUUGCCUUGUGCGGACUCGUAGGCAUUAUCACGGCGUAUCUCUUUGUCUGGAUCUCUCAAUACUACACUGACUACAAGUACGAGCCUGUGCGACUGGUGGCUCUUGCUAGCAGCACCGGGCACGGAACAAAUAUUAUAGCGGGCGUUGGCCUUGGACUGGAGUCGACAGCCAUGCCCGUUCUGGUCAUAAGCGUCGCGAUUGUAUCAGCUUAUUGGCUUGGAAGAACGUCAGGGCUGGUGGACAGUAAAGGUGCUCCCGUCGGAGGUUUAUUUGGCACUGCCAUUGCUACAAUGGGGAUGCUGAGUACAGCUGCGUACGUGCUGACCAUGGACAUGUUUGGUCCCAUUGCUGAUAAUGCUGGCGGAAUUGUUGAGAUGAGCCAACAACCGGAGAGCGUGAGAGAUAUUACUGAUGUUCUUGACGCAGUCGGCAACACUACCAAGGCAACAACCAAGGGAUUUGCUAUAGGCUCCGCUGCGUUAGCAUCUUUUCUUCUGUUCAGCGCUUAUAUGGACGAAGUAUCGUCUUUUACUCAGAUUAGCUUUACUGAGGUUGACAUUGCAAUCCCAGAAGUUUUUGUAGGUGGCCUGCUAGGAGCAAUGUUGAUAUUUGUAUUUAGUGCAUGGUCGUGUGCGGCAGUAGGCAAAACAGCACAGGAGGUUGUGAAUGAAGUUCGACGGCAAUUCGCUGAGCGGCCUGGAAUCAUGACCUAUCAAGACAAGCCCGAUUACGGCCGAUGCGUAUCAAUUGUGGCAAAAGCAUCACUACGGGAGAUGAUUAAACCCGGUGCACUAGCUGUUAUCUCCCCUAUAAUUGUUGGUGUUGUCUUUAGAAUAGUAGGAGUUUACACGGAGCAGCCACUGCUGGGAGCAAAGGCAGUGGCAGGAAUGCUAAUGUUCGCUACCGUGUCUGGAAUUUUGAUGGCGCUCUUCCUCAACACCGCGGGAGGAGCUUGGGACAACGCCAAGAAGUUCAUCGAGAGUGGUGCAUUGGGCGGCAAAGGUAGCGAGGCUCACAAAGCUGCUGUUACCGGCGACACAGUUGGGGAUCCAUUCAAGGACACUGCCGGACCAUCUCUCCACGUCUUGAUAAAGAUGCUAUCGACGAUCACGCUGGUGAUGGCACCACUGUUCUUGGAGAGCUGAAUGGAAAAACAAAAGAAACGUUUUAAAAGCGCUUUUAAAGCAAGCUCGUGCUAAGAGAACCUUGUGGAAGAGCACUUGAGCAUUGGCUGUUUAGCAAUGAGCAUAUGCACUGCAUGGAUGUGGCGUUUCAAUAGAGACUAAAUGCUGGGAUCCCAUGGAAAUGUAUUGUGAUCCUGCACUCUUUUGAGUUUGAUUGCCACUAUUUGCUACUAGCAAUAAAUCUAGCAACAGUGCUGUGAAAGUUU